AUGGUAUACUCAGUGCCUCUCAUCGUCUUUAUGGACGAUGUGUCAGGUAAUAUCUCAAAGCAAUGGAACAAGCAUCACGCGGUCUAUAUGUCAAAUGCUAAUCUGCCUCGUCGCAUGAUCGAGAAGGAAUUCUGUAUACGAUUCGUCUCCUCAUCUCCAAACGCUGCACCAAUGGAGUUGAUGCGCGCGAUGAAGGACUCCGUUAGCGAUGCUGCCGCCUCUGGAGUACGAGCCUGGGAUUGCAAAUACAACGAGGAUGUCAUUCUUGAGCCAUACGGACUCUUCUUCGCUGGCGAUAACCCAAUGCAGGCCGAAGAAUGUAGCCAUGGAGGGGUGAAUUGUAACUAUUUCUGCAGGACAUGUGAUGUCGGGGGGCCCGGCGUAUACAAGCAGAGCCUCGAGGGCUAUAACGCAAUCUUUUCGUGUGGCAACGAGCGCAAGCCCGAUGAGACACGGGAACAAAUACUUGAGCAGUUCAAACUCGCUGUCAAGCCCGGCGCAACCUCAAAGCUAUCAAAAUUGCUGCAGAAAACCGGAGUUCGAGACACGGCAACAUCAUCAAUCCUGAACACGAUCGCUGACAUGGGUAAGAAACUUAGGGCUAAAACUAACAAUACUGGCGCCCCACAGUCUGAACGCGAAAUCCAAAAGAAGCUCGAGGACGAGCUCGAAGAGCUUCUUCGAGGGCGAACCAUCGAAGACACCAUCAAUCCCUUGCUUGGAAUGGACGGCGUUAACAUACAUAUGGACACACCAACCGAGAUCUUGCACACGAUCUUGCUCGGUGUUGUCAAGUACAUGUGGGGGCAAACAGUCUUCAUCCUGGACAACAAGAAGCUACUCGACGCCUUCCAGACUCGGCUCGAUUCCGUCAGCGUGAACGGACUCAACGUUGCGGAUGUUGAUGCAGAAUACAUGGUCCGGCAUCGACGAAGUCUUAUCGGGAAACAUUUCAAAAGUCUCGCUCAGGUGAUGCCAUUUCUUAUAUAUGACCUCGUGCCUAGCGAUGUCCUGGAUGCAUGGACAUGUCUUGGUGAGCUAGUAGUCCUUAUCUGGCACACUGAGAUCCACGACAUGGAGCUUUACCUGGUGAGUCCCCGGCCGGAAUUUUCAUUUUAA